UGAGCUGCUGUGAUACUCGCAGUGUGCACUUGCACUAGGUACUAGACUGGAUAAUGGGCAUGCCUGCGGAGUUUAGCAACUUCAGAACACUGGAGAUCUUCAAACGUGGGCCGCCUACUUCUGGUAAUCAUCUCCACAGAGCUCAUAUCUUGAUCAAAUUAGUUUUUGUCCUUUUCAUGGUUGGUGGAGCCGGAUCAAGGCGGAUCCAAAUAUUGAACGUCUCGCCUCCACCGUCGCGGUUUCUUCGGUCAACGCUCGGCAUGCAAAAAUUAGACUCUCCCAAGGGGAGAAAUGGUUACUCCAUGUUCAUGGUCAUAUAAAAUUCACAAAUUUUUGAAAAGACCCGUGGCCACUGCUUAUCGCAUGACUGAACUUUUGAGUGUUGCCACGAUGUCUUCUGAUACUAUUGGAUUUUAGGAGAGCAAUGGGGCAAUCUCGUAUUGGCAUUCGAUGGUAUCCACGGGGAUCCCCCGCGAUUUUCUCCAGGUGCGAACAGACGGGGCACGAAAGUGGCAAGCUAACUUUAACAGUAAGAUGGUUCCGAAUCUUCCCUCCCAGCAAAAUACGGUAGUCAAAUGCCGGCCAGGACACUCGGGGCGAUCCAUUUUAAUGUUCUUGUAUCCGUACCUGCUGCUCGUAUUAUUAGAGGAAGACUU